AUGAUUCUAUGGAGCGCGACUGUAGAAGACGCGAGUAUCGACCUAGGGAUUGGCGACGAAGGGGGCGAGAUCACCGUGUUUUCCGGCGGAAUCACUGCUAACGUCAGCCUGACGUGGAGCUACGUCAUGGCGGGCGGGUACGUGCGCGACUCGGGGAACGCGAGCGUGCGGAUCACGGGAAUGCAGGCGGGAAUCGCGGCGCAGCUUCAGGAGCGGUUCGGCGGGCUGUGGGUGUCGCUGCUGCAGCGCGGCGCGGCGAUUGACUCGAUCGAGAUUCAGCUCACCGGGAGCAUCUCGUGGCUGUACACCGUGCUAGUGGAUUUAUUGCCCAACCACCUACGGGCGGCAAUGGAAGCGGCCAUCACAAGCAGCCUUGACACAGUAGUCGCCACCGCCAACGCCGCUCUCCAGGCUCUUCCCCGCAUCGUCCCCAUCGACUCUACCGCGGCUCUUGAUGCCACUCUGCCUGCUGACCCGGAGAUCGACGGCCAGGGGAUCUCCCUCGCCUGCCACGGCCGCUUCCUGCCGUCGGAUCGCAGCAUCUUAUUCCACCGUGCCGCUGCUGCUGCUGCUGACGUCAGCCUUCCGUCUCGUCACGCUGCUGAUGACGUCAGGUUGCUCUCCCACCGUGGGGAGGUGAGCGGCGGCGGCAUUGCUGUUGCUGCUGCUGCUGCUGCUGCUGCUGCUGAGAGAAGCUACCAUCGCGUGAGGGUGUUGCAGGAGGGUGCGGCAGCGGCUGGCAGGGGGAGGGUGGGAGAGAAGGGGGAUAGGAAUGAAGAGGAGGAGGCUUUGGAUGUAAGAGGGGGAGACAGAGGGAGAGUGGAAGGUAGUGGGCGUCGAGGAGGGCGUGAGGGAGGGAGUGUGGUGGACGAUACAGAGUGUGUUGGGGAGGGCGAUGAGUGUGCGGAUUCAGGGCAGAUGGUGGCUCUCUCUCUGUCUCAGCACCUCGUGGCUUCGGCCAGCCAGGUGUAUUAUCAGCACCUCGUGGCUUCGGCCUGCCAGGUGUAUUAUCAGGUGGGUGUUUAUGAGGUGGGCGCACUAGGGGACAUGUUAGAUGGCUCAGAACUCUCCCUCACUGCCUUGUUGCCGUGGCCAGCCAAGUGUAUUCUCAGGCGGGUGCUCUCUCCUACACCGCCGGUGCUCUCUCCUACACCAUCAACCACCUCCCGGACUCCUUCCCUUGGAAGCGUCACACCAAGGGGGACUCCCGUUUUUGCCCUUUCUAUCCCCUCUCCCUUCCAGGCCGGUGCUCUCUCCUACACCAUCAACCACCUCCCGGACUCCUUCCCUUGGAAGCGUCUCACCAAGGGGACUCCCGUUUUUGCCCUUUCUAUCCCCUCUCCCUUCCAGGCCGGUGCUCUCUCCUACACCAUCAACCACCUCCCGGACUCCUUCCCUUGGAAGCGUCUCACCAAGGGGACUCCCGUUUUUGCCCUUUCUAUCCCCUCUCCCUUCCAGGCCGGUGCUCUCUCCUACACCAUCAACCACCUCCCGGACUCCUUCCCUUGGAAGCGUCUCACCAAGGGGACUCCCGUUUUUGCCCUUUCUAUCCCCUCUCCCUUCCAGGCCGGUGCUCUCUCCUACACCAUCAACCACCUCCCGGACUCCUUCCCUUGGAAGCGUCUCACCAAGGGGACUCCCGUUUUUGCCCUUUCUAUCCCCUCUCCCUUCCAGGCCGGUGCUCUCUCCUACACCAUCAACCACCUCCCGGACUCCUUCCCUUGGAAGCGUCUCACCAAGGGGACUCCCGUUUUUGCCCUUUCUAUCCCCUCUCCCUUCCAGGCCGGUGCUCUCUCCUACACCAUCAACCACCUCCCGGACUCCUUCCCUUGGAAGCGUCUCACCAAGGGGACUCCCGUUUUUGCCCUUUCUAUCCCCUCUCCCUUCCAGGCCGGUGCUCUCUCCUACACCAUCAACCACCUCCCGGACUCCUUCCCUUGGAAGCGUCACACCAAGGGGGACUCCCGUUUUUGCCCUUUCUAUCCCCUCUCCCUUCCAGGCCGGUGCUCUCUCCUACACCAUCAACCACCUCCCGGACUCCUUCCCUUGGAAGCGUCUCACCAAGGGGACUCCCGUUUUUGCCCUUUCUAUCCCCUCUCCCUUCCAGGCCGGUGCUCUCUCCUACACCAUCAACCACCUCCCGGACUCCUUCCCUUGGAAGCGUCUCACCAAGGAGACUCCCGUUUUUGCCCUUUCUAUCCCCUCUCCCUUCCAGGCCGGCCGGUGCUCUCUCCUACACCAUCAACCACCUCCCGGACUCCUUCCCUUGGAAGCGUCUCACCAAGGGGACUUGCCCUUUCUAUCCCCUCUCCCUUCCAGGCCGGUGCUCUCUCCUACACCAUCAACCACCUCCCGGACUCCUUCCCUUGGAAGCGUCUCACCAAGGGGACUCCCGUUUUUGCCCUUUCUAUCCCCUCUCCCUUCCAGGCCGGUGCUCUCUCCUACACCAUCAACCACCUCCCGGACUCCUUCCCUUGGAAGUGUCUCACCAAGGGGACUCCCGUUUUUGCCCUUUCUAUCCCCUCUCCCUUCCAGGCCGGUGCUCUCUCCUACACCAUCAACCACCUCCCGGACUCCUUCCCUUGGAAGCGUCUCACCAAGGGGACUCCCGUUUUUGCCCUUUCUAUCCCCUCUCCCUUCCAGGCCGGUGCUCUCUCCUACACCAUCAACCACCUCCCGGACUCCUUCCCUUGGAAGCGUCUCACCAAGGGGACUCCCGUUUUUGCCCUUUCUAUCCCCUCUCCCUUCCAGGCCGGUGCUCUCUCCUACACCAUCAACCACCUCCCGGACUCCUUCCCCUGGAAACUCCUCAACACCAAGGGGUGGCGCUGGAUCCUUCCCAGAAUGUUCCACGAAUACCCCGACGCUGACCUCGUCUUCCGAGUCAACGCCAGUCAGCCGCCCAACGCGACGCUGACACCUGGCGGGAUCGGAUUGGAGGUCGAUGCGCUGCUCACGGUAACCGUGUUACCAGGGUAG